AUGUCGACUACUCUGGACCGCGGGUGCUGGGGGGUCUGCUGCUUGUCCCUGCUGGUGACUGUAGUCUGCGGGGCGCAAAGUGCCAACGAGCCUAGCAACAUGUCAUACGUGAAAGCCACCGUGGACAAGCUGCUGAAGGGCUAUGACAUCCGUCUGCGGCCUGAUUUUGGAGGCGCCCCUGUGGAUGUUGGCAUGAGCAUAGACAUCGCCAGUAUUGACAUGGUGUCUGAAGUCAACAUGGACUACACCAUCACCAUGUACUUCCAGCAGUCCUGGAGGGACAAGCGCCUCUCCUACACUGGCAUCCCUCUCAACCUCACUCUGGACAACCGGGUGGCAGACCAGCUGUGGGUUCCUGAUACCUACUUCAUUAAUGAUAAGAAGUCCUUUGUCCACGGGGUGACAGUGAAAAACCGAAUGAUCAGACUGCACCCUGAUGGAACCGUGCUUUAUGGUCUCAGGAUUACCACUACAGCUGCCUGCAUGAUGGACUUGCGCAGAUACCCGCUGGAUGAGCAGAACUGCACCCUGGAGAUUGAGAGCUAUGGAUACACCACUGAUGACAUCGAGUUCUACUGGCAGGGAGGAAGUAAUGCAGGAUCAGUCACUGGGGUGGAGAACAUUGAACUGCCCCAGUUCGACAUCAUAGACUACCAAACACUCUCCAAGAAGGCUGUGUUUGCCACAGGCUCUUAUCCACGACUGUCCCUGAGUUUCAAGCUGAAGAGAAACAUUGGUUAUUUCAUCCUUCAAACCUACAUGCCCUCCACCCUGAUCACCAUCCUAUCGUGGGUCUCCUUCUGGAUUAACUAUGAUGCCUCGGCUGCCAGAGUGGCUUUAGGUAUAACUACUGUGCUGACUAUGACCACCAUCAAUACCCACCUCAGGGAGACUCUGCCCAAGAUUCCGUAUGUCAAGGCCAUUGACAUUUACCUGAUGGGUUGCUUUGUCUUUGUCUUCCUGGCUUUACUGGAGUACGCUUUUGUCAACUACAUCUUCUUUGGUCGAGGUCCUCAUCUGCAAAAAAAGGUGGCAGAAAAGGCUGCAAAAUCCAACAACGAGAAUAAGAGCAGACUGGAGAGCAACAAAGUGCAGGUUGAUGCUCAUGGCAACAUCCUCCUAACCAACUUAACCAGUGAGAUGGGUGGAGACAUGAUGGGCGCUCUCAAUGACCCUCGGGCUACAAUGUUCUCUUAUGAUAGCGCCAGCAUACAGUACCGCAAACCCAUGACCAGCCGAGACCUGUACGGACGACCGGCCAUCGACCGGCCAAUGGGCCACAAGAAGAGUCGCUUGAGGAGGAGGGCCUCGCAGCUCAAAGUCAAGAUCCCUGACCUCACGGAUGUCAAUGCCAUAGACAAGUGGUCCCGUGUCAUCUUCCCUAUCGCAUUCACCUUCUUCAACCUGGUCUACUGGCUUUACUACGUCCACUAG